UCGCGAUAGCUCAAAAAUCAAUUCGCGCUUGACCUUAUGCCCGACGAGCCGACGUGCUACAUGUGCUGGGAGUCCGCCGACCUCAUGGCGUCGCCGUGCGCAUGUACAACGCAUGUUCACCGCGCGUGUCUUGCCCAGUGGCAGCUCACAUCGUCCCGCCAUGACGCCACGACGCACUGCCCCACAUGCAGGACUCCAUUCCAUACCACGCGCUUUGAGCGCGUCAUCCUUCGCCCGGCCAUCGCCUCUCUUCAGUCGAUCACAUGCGUCUCGAUCAGCGCAGUAGCCUUUACGACGAUCGCUGGUGUCGCGCUCGUUGCUGCUCAAAUGGACGCGUGUGUCGGUGCUCGGCUCGCGACUGCAGUGUUUGGGACGCCCGUCAAGGGCUUCCGCGCCGCGUUCUUGUACGUGGCGUGCAGUCUCAGUCUCGUGGCCGCGCUCAUUGGCUAUAUCUUGGUGUCGCUGCUUCCGGCGACGCUGUUGUGGCAUAGCACAGUCACCCUGGGCGCCGGGAGUGUAACCACUCUCGCGUAUGUGGGGUGGCGCGACCGGCAAGCUUCGAUCCAGAAGGCGCCGACUGAGGUCAAGACACCAGCGCGCAUCUGACGAGCCUCUAUUUAAGCCUCGUCCAACUACAGUUUGUACUUAUGUGCGAUGACGCGA